GCCGUGUUUCAGCCUGCUACACAGCGCCAAACACUUCCUUCUUAGCCGCCCACCCGCCCACCACUCUGCUUUCACCUCAUCAUCUCUGGACCCUUACUUCCAACCCUCUCUCAAACCAUGGCUAUGGCAGUCGACAACCGGCAACAGCCUCAGGUCAGCGGCCUGGGCUUUGAUUCGACCAUGCGCUUCGCUCCUCACUUCACCAACCCUUGGGCCUCGGCGCCUGCCCCCGCGCCCCAGCUCUACGCCACCACCCUUGGCUCCAACACCACCGCCCUCGUCUCGACGGCACACCAGCAGCCCGCCCGCCCCACUGCCGUCUCCAUGCCGUACGCGACCAUCCCCGUCAGCGCGCCCACGUCAUUAGGAGCAGAUCUCUUGGGCUCCUCGAGGCCUUACGGAACCGCCUACGCCACGUCCGCUUCCCCUACCACCCCUUCGUACGCGCCCACCUCUGCGCCCCAGUACUCCAUGGACUACAGCAACCGGACUCCCUCCUACCCCUACCAGCAGGACAUGGCCGCCCGCCGCUCUUCGCAUCCGUCAGUACCCUCCACUACUUUCCUGGGCGCCUCCAUCGACGCUUCCAGGCAUCGCCAGAGCUCACUGGCUGACCCAAACAACAGGAUGAACUCUGAACAGGCUCAACGCAGCAGCUUCAGCGAUGCUCUGGACGCCAGCCGCGGCAUGGUCGCCAUGAGCCAGGACAUCACCCCCAGGAACAUCUACGGCAACCAGAACCCGCGCAGCUCGACCGACUCGUACGGCUUCCCCGCCACCCACUCGGCGCACUCGUCCAUCUCCUCGGCCAGCACCUACCCCUCCUACUACAACGGCUCCGUCGGCGACUCAUCCGUCACCGACUACAGCUCUGCCUCCGAGUCGGUGGGCGACAUGUCCUCGCGCACCCUCCCCCGGCCGUCGGCCCUCGUCGGUACCAACCUGCCCCCUGCGCCCCAGUCCAUGAUGGGCCAGUUCAGCAGCAAGGUCUCGUCGAGCUCGCAGAAGAAGCACAAGUGCAAGGUGUGCGACAAGCGCUUCACGCGUCCGAGCUCCCUCCAGACCCACAUGUAUAGCCACACGGGCGAAAAGCCAUUCGCUUGUGAGGUCGAGGGAUGCGGCCGUCACUUUUCCGUCGUUUCGAAUCUGAGGCGACACAGGAAGGUCCACAAGGGCGAGCGCGACCAGCCCUCGCCUGACGACAUGUGAGCGGGCGUCGGCCUACCUUCGUUCCUACCAUUUUUUCCAUUUGUCUAUUGCGCGGCUGUCUUGGUCCAUUUUCCUCUUUUGAGAUAUCCCGCUUCCGCGUCGUGUUUGCGGUUCCUUCUCUCCCCCGGCUGGUUUGUUUGAUCGCAUUCCCGGAGAGACUACUUCAUCUUCUAGACGGUCGCUACAUAUACCCCCAAAUGGUGUUUCGGCUCGGGUAUCAUGAUUCAUGACCUAUCUCUAAUUUAAUCCCACGACCGGGGUUGCACUUGGGAGACAAGGUCGGCGUUCAGGGGAAGCGUUGUUAGAUGGGCGUUGGUGUUUUUCUUGGUGGUGGGUUACUGCAGCGUCUGAGAUUUUUUUUUUUUUUUUU